CAUGGGGGUCAAAAAUAGGCUUGUUUCUGGCCAGCGGUUCAUUCGGUUGCUGCCGGUGGCGAUGUAAGUCUGCUUGCUCAGACCGCCUGCGUGGAUCGAGGCGUUCUCCAUCCCCCCGAAAUGGCCGAGCGACACAGCGAGCCGGAGAGAUGCUCAGGUACUGUAUUCAUCCUCGUCUGUUCUGUCAGUGGAUCCCUCGCGCCGAUCGUGACCGAGCCGGGACGGACGCAGGCAGAGCCAGUUCUGUCGAACAGUAGCACUGUAUUGAGAAACCCUGCUCCUCGUGCGUAACGAACAGGCCUUGUCAGAGGAACAGGAGAGCCAGGUGAAGUGCGCUUACUAUUUUAAAGUGGAAUUUAGAGCAGUGGGUGCUGUGUCUGCAGUUGUACGAUCGCCACUUCAAAUCCCAGAGUUGAUAAAAAUUAUUUCACUGCUUGGUCCCUCAGCAAGGCCCUUAAACCCAAUUGUUCCAGAGACUGUAUGUCGUUGCCUUUUCAAAGAAAUGUACAUGUUGCUCUAGGUAAAGUUAAUUGUAAAUAGAAAAACAUUAUUGCUGGGAAAUCAUUCCCUCAAACCUUCAUCACUGUCAGUUUCUUCACUGAGCUUCUGUAUGAGUCUCACUGAUUCAGGUUCCAUUGGGCAUGUUCACGGUCUUGCGUUCCAACACAAAAGGGGUAAAUAUGUCCUACCGCACCCCGGCGUGGCAAAGACGUCCUCUGCUGUCGUCCGUCCUCUGUCUGGCACUUCUGGAGACUCUCGGCUCUGCCCGGCUGCUUCCGCCAGCCGCCGCCCCUCUGUUUGAUGGGCAGCCCUUUGUGGUCGCGUGGAAUGUCCCCACGAGCGUGUGCCAAAGACUCGGAGUGCCGCUGGACACGGCGCCCUUCCAGCUCGUGACCACGCCCGCCAAGGUGGUAGGGCAGCCGCUCAUGCUCUUCUACAGCGACCGCCUGGGGCUGUACCCACGGGUGGAUGCCAUCACCCACCGCCUGCUCCAUGGGGGAAUCCCCCAGAGGGCUGAUCUGCGGGCCAGUCUGGCCAAAGCCCGGGCCGACAUCACCCACUACAUCACUGCGACCACGGCUCCCGGCCUGGCCGUUAUCGACUGGGAAGACUGGCGUCCCUUGUGGGAGAGGAACUGGGGCCCCAAAAGCAUUUAUCGCUCACUGUCAGUCAGCCAUGCUCGCCAGAGGUACCCCUUCCUAUCCCCUGAGCAGACAGUCCGCGCAGCCAAGCGCCACUUCCAGGCCGCGGCCCGGAGCUACAUGUGCGCCACCCUAUCUCUGGCCACCAAGCUCCGGCCAAAUUACCAGUGGGGGUACUACCUGUAUCCGAACUGCUACAAUUAUGGCUGGGAAGAAGCGGGCUAUACGGGACGCUGCCCCCCAGAGGUGGUGCGGCAGAAUGACGACCUUGGGUGGCUAUGGGAGAGCAGCACGGCGCUAUUCCCUUCUGUUUACCUCACUGCCUCGCUGGGAGGGCGGCGCCACACGGCUCUCUUUGUCCGCCACCGUGUCCAGGAGGCCAUGAGGACCGCAACCUUGGCCCGCACCGCCGCCGCCCUCCCCGUCUACGUUUACGCCCGGCCCGUUUUUGUUGAUCAGAACCGGCGCUUCCUCAGCCAGGCGGACCUGGUCAGCUGCAUCGGGGAGAGUGCGGCCGUGGGGGCGUCGGGGUCCGUGCUGUGGGGGGCCAGUGCCGACUACAACGACACGGCCUCCUGUGAAGCGCUCUCCUCGUAUCUGUCCUCCACUCUCGGCCCCUACGUCGCCAAUGUGACGGCGGCGGCCAGGCUGUGCAGUGCCGCGCUCUGCCAGGGACACGGCCGCUGCCUGCGCCGGCACCAUGACGGUGACGACUACCUGCACCUGAAUCCCGCCAGCUUCAGCAUCCUCCGGUCCGAAGGGGGGUACCUGGCAGUGGGGAGCCCCACGGCCUCAGAUCUCGCCGAACUGGCUGACAAAUUUACGUGCCAGUGCUAUGCUGGGCAGAGCUGCUCGUCUGAGGUAUCCCCCAGGCUGCCCCCCAGCCCCAUGGUCAUUCACGUGUAACUGGGGGCCAUCCUAGGAAUUUUUUAAAGUGGGGUUGGGGGCAUAAUUCAUACAGCAUGUCCAACCUUAUCAUUAGUCCCUGUACAUAGCAAUAGGCCUCGUUUGAGCUCCAACAUAAAUUUUAAUGCUCUCUGAGGUGCUCCUCACCUGCUAUAAAAAUAGUUUAACUAUCUUAUAAAUAGAUUACUGUAAAAGAUGGAUAAAACAUCACUUUCACGUGAGCUAGAGUUACAUCAACCUUGAUUUUGUUUUUUUUUCUUGCAGCUUUUUGUCUUUGACUAAACUUGAAAUGAACUGAUACAUUAAACAAUCCAUUCAGACACAGAUUCAAUUAUUUGGAAAGAAAAAUUCCAUGAAUGCCAAGCGUAUUACCAUAAGGUGAGGUUUUAUAUCCCGGAUGCAAAUGAGUGCCUUUGCCUUUGAUUAAUAGCCAUUGAAUAAAUGAAUAGAUUUUAUGCCAAGCAAUAAGUAUAAUAUACAUUUUUUUGAAUAUCAAUUUAUUGCCUGCACUCAGUGAACAGUCCAGCUGAAUUUAAAACAUACACCCGCAAAAUAUACCUCGCAAGUUUCCCAUUUGAGUGUUUAUUCUAGUGUCAGAUGAUGACAUAAGAAAAGCA